CGGCGGCUCGGCUCCCCUCCCUCUCGCCUCGCUCCUCCCGCCCGGCCCGGAGGCGCACAUGCGGCUGCAGCCCCCGCGACGACGGCCUCCCCGCGCCGGUGCCAAAAGGAUGCUGGCCGCCUCCUCGGGUGCCAGGAAGGGGGGCGCCGCCGAGGGCAGGUUCCCGCUGCACCGCUUGGUGUGGCACGACCAGCCCCACGAGCUGGAGAGGGAGCUCGGCGCCAAGCAGGUGGACAUUGAACAGCUGGACCCACGAGGCCGGACCCCCUUACACCUGGCCACCACGUUGGGGCACUUGGAGUGUGCUCGGAUCCUGCUGAGGCAUGGGGCUGACGUAGCCAAAGAAAACCGGAGUGGGUGGACAGUGCUUCAGGAGGCGGUAAGCACCGGGGACCUUGAACUCAUCCAGCUGGUCCUGCGUUACCGUGACUACCAGCGAGCCAUCAAGCGCCUGGCCGGCAUCCCCGUCCUGCUGGAGAAGCUGCGCAAGGCUCAAGAUUUCUACGUGGAGAUGAAAUGGGAAUUCACUAGCUGGGUCCCGCUGGUCUCCAAAAUCUGCCCCAGCGAUACGUACAAGGUGUGGAAAUGUGGUCAGAAUCUGAGGGUGGACACAACGCUGCUGGGGUUUGACCACAUGACGUGGCAGCGAGGAAACCGCAGCUUCAUCUUCAGGGGACAAGAUUCUGGCGCAGUCGUGAUGGAGAUUGACCACGACCGGCAAGUGGUUUACUCAGAGACCCUCACACUGGCUGCCCAUGACCAAGAGGGACUUCUGGCAGCAGUCCAGCCCACAGAGGAGCAGGUGAUGGGCCGGCUCACCGCCCCGGUGGUCACCACGCAGCUGGACACACGCAACAUUGCGUUUGAGAGGAACAAGACGGGUAUCCUGGGCUGGAGAAGUGAGAAGACUGAGAUAGUGAAUGGGUACGAGGCCAAGGUUUAUGGGGCUUCCAACGUAGAACUUAUCACCCGGACACGAACAGAGCAUCUCUCAGAGCAGCACAAAGGAAAAACCAAAGGCAGUAAAACUCCACUGCAGUCAUUUCUGGGCAUUGCUGAACAACAUGUGGGUCCCAACAACGGAGCCCUCAUCACGCAGACGCUGAGCCACGCCAACCCCACCGCCAUCACGCCGGAGGAAUACUUCAACCCCAGUUUCGAGCUGGGCAGCCGGGACAUGGGGAGACCCAUUGAACUCACCACCAAGACGCAGAAGUUCAAAGCCAAGUUGUGGCUGUGUGAGGACCACCCGCUGUCGCUGGCCGAACAAGUGGCCCCGAUCAUAGACCUGAUGGCCGUCAGCAACGCCCUCUUUGCCAAGCUCCGGGACUUCAUCACCCUCCGGCUGCCUCCGGGUUUCCCCGUCAAGAUCGAGAUCCCCAUCUUCCACAUCCUCAAUGCCCGCAUCACCUUUGGAAACCUCAACGGCUGUGACGAAGCGGUGGUCUCCAUCCGUGGCACCGGCAGCCCCGGCAGCGAUGUCCCCUCGCCCGGCAGUGACCGCUCCAGCAUCAGCAGUUCCAGCUCUCUUGGUUCUUGCCGGUGCUGCGAGAUGGACCCGGCGCUGUUUGAGGCCCCGCGAGGCUACAGCGUGGUCGGGAGCCAUCCGGACCCCCUGCGUGAGGAUGACGAUGACCUGCUCCAGUUCGCCAUCCAACAGAGCUUGCUGGAGGCUGGGAGUGAGUACGAUCAGGUCACCAUCUGGGAAGCGCUGACCAACAGCAAACCAGGCACUCACCCCGUGUCUCAGGAGGGGCGGAGAGUCAACAGGACGCCCCAGCACACCCCACCGCCGCGGUCUGCAGCCCCCCAGCAGCUGGCACCCACUGCAGGCAGAGGGCCCGGCCAGGUGCUGCCCAGCUAUGCUGAACAGCUCCGUCUGGCCAUGGAGUUGUCUGCCAAAGAGCAGGAAGAGGCCGAAUGGCGCUCGCGCCAGGAAGAGGAGGAGUUUGAACGGAUCCUGCGCCUCUCGCUCACGGAACAGUAGCCGACCCGCACUGGGGUGUGUGUGUGUGUGUGAGAGAGAGAGAGAGAGAGAGAGAGAGAUUGAGAGAGAGCACCAAUGCACAAGACUCCGGCCAGCCUCUAUGGGGUGUCAAAGCUAAUGGGCCGUGCCUCCCUGCCCCCACCAUGCUGAGAGCUAAUGCACAAAUGCCGGAGAGGAGAGCGGCAGGGGCGGGGCGGGGCAGUGCCCCUUUCCAGAGCCUGGCUGGGCCCCAGCUGCUCAGCCAGUCUGUUGCACAGAAUAUGGGCCUGGAUGGGAAUUGGGGAGGAGAGGGGUGACGGGAGACGGGGACACACAGACACACAGAAUGCAUUCCACCACCUCCCCAGCACUGAGCCAUUUCACCUUCCCCCUGCGGGGAGGCAGGUCAAUCUUAACGAACCCCGAGGUUUGCAGCCACAGUGCUCCCCCCCCCUCCCGCCACCACACGCUGGGCGCCUCAGUCUUCUCCCGCACCUGGCUGUGCUCACUUCAGGGCUCCACUCUCCAGCUCAUGCAAUGCAGAUGAAGCUGCCUGCCUGGGGGCUCUCAUUCUGUGCCACUGCAGGGAAAAAUACAGGAUGUAGCCAAGGGCGCAGAAUUCGGGCGCCUGGGAAUCUGGGGGGAACCCGGCCAGACCUGAUGCAGAACACCUUAAGUGGGCGCAGGGGAUUCUUUGUUCUUUUUACACAAGUCGGAAUGGGAGUUUUCAAACUUGGCCCCCCCGUGCCCCCCCAUGUGGGACUACAACUCCCAUCGCCCCCUCCCCCACCCAAGGCCAUUGUGGCUGGGGAGGAUGGGAGUUGUAGUCCCAACAAUAUCUGGGGAUCUCCAAGGUUGGGGAUCCCUGCUGUAGAUGGCAAGGCUUUACAGCCCCACGUUAUGCCAGGGGAUCCUUAGAUGUGGGUCUCUAGAUGUGGUUGGCCUCGUGAGUCGGUGGGACCCAGCUAGCUUGUCUCUCCCCCCCCCGCCCACCUGUGCACCCCUGCACCUGUUCCUGUCAAGUGCACUUACACCCCUCAACCAGGUCCCUCUGCCUGCCUGACCCCCCCCCGCCUUGGCCCUCGUAGCUGCAAUCCCUUUCGGCUACUUCUGGCAUGGAGCUACAGGGAGCCAGAGACCGGCUCUGCCCGAGUGCCAGCCCACCUGUGCCAGUCGGCGGCAUCCCUGGCCCGGAGGGAGCAGUAUCCUGCCUUGGCAUCUCGGGGCCAGCCCUGCUUCCCGCAACCCUGCCCGAGCACCUGGCCAGCCAUUCCUUCCAAACUACAGCCAGGUUGCUGGGCAUCCCUUGCCACCCCACAGCCUCUUCUCCUGUUGGGGAGCACAAACCCACAGCCAUGGGCCCUGGGCCAGCUUCAGAAGGGAGUAGAGCCAGGGGCACAGGCAGGCCAGGAGAUGCCCCAGUUCCAAUUCUAUGUCCCCUGGUCUCAGCCCCUACCUUUGGUGCCCUCUUCCUUCAGCUUCCCGAGGACAUUACACCCCGUCCCCCCCCCCCCCCGUUGUUCAAUGGUGCUAACCUCCAGAAUGUCCCUCUUCUUGCCAUCCAGGGAGGGGCGGACUGCCCUCUCCCCCCCCGCUCCUAUUCACACAUUAUGUUCAACACCCGUUACAAUCUGUGCACAGGGUUCCCUUGUGAUGCUGAACACGGUUCCUCUGCAUUCUGCACUGGAGGGACCUGUACUGAGGCUCACUUCAAAAAUGAACCCAGGUACAAAAAUCCACCCAGAAACAAGGACCAGUGUGCAGACAUCUGGAUGCAGGUACAAUGUAAUGUCUGAAUAGGCCGCCUCUCUCACUCUAGUUCUCAGAUUCCUCCCCACCCACCCAAGAGGACAAAAUCUCUUGCACAGUUUUUUGGGGGGGUGGGGGUGGGGAGGGAAAGGACAAGGGCAGCCUGAAAGGGGCAGGGUUGGGGGAGGGGAAGGUUUAUAUAUAUUAGAAUCCAGAUGUUCCAUGGGAUGGCCAUGGGGAGGGAACGAUAACCAGCUGGCUCAGGUGUGGGAACUGCACCAAUAAAAACCUCGUGAACCUUG